AUGACUGCUUCUCACUCUAUGCUCUACCAUGGCAUUACGAGCUCUAAAUCUCAGAAUCCAAUCGAUACGCAUAAAACAGCUCCUUCUCUAUCGACCGCUACGUACUUCUACAUCAAUGACCACAACCAGGAGAACAGCAACAAGUACGACCACACCAACGACAACAACUCCAACGACAACAUCAACGACAACAACAAGUACGAUCCCAACAACAACAUCAUCAUCAACAACAACCACAACAACAACAACUACUACUACUACUUCUUCUACUACUACCACUACCACUACUACUACUACUACAACUACGACAACAACUACAAACACUCGGAUUUCUACGAGUUCAACAACAACUUCAACAAGUACAAUAACGACAACUUCAGCAAGUAUGACAACAACAACAACAACAACAACAACAACAACAACAACAACAACAACUACUACUACUUCUUCUACUACUACCAUUACCACUACUACUACGACUACAACUACGACAACAACUACAAACACUCGGAUUUCUACGACUUCAACAACAACUUCAACAAGUACAAUAACCACAACUUCAGCAAGUAUGACACCAACGACAACAACAACAACAACAAAAACAACAACAACCACAACAACAGCCAUUGCAGCGACUACGACUCCAACUACCUCGACGUCGACAACGACGACAACUACUACAAGUACGACAACUACCUCGCCCUCCACGACCACUGCCACCUUCCCAUCGACAAGCUUGUCGAGCCCGUUAAUCACUACCACCGUUUCAUUGCCUACUGCGCCUCCCGCUACCUCGAAAUUCGCGGAGUUCACUGUCACGAUAUUGGGCGGCACCACAACCGCUGUGAAUUCCAUGGCAAAUCAGGAUGUCGAGCCAUCAACUUCGAAGGUAGAGCUGCUCUA